AUGCAGUUCAAAACGUAUGAUUGCGACAACUGCACGUCAGUCAGCAUGGCGAACGAUAUUCGCACCACGAAGGACGUCAUAGGGAGGCUGCCCAAGAGUCCGGAAGCUGCGAUGCUCGAGAAGGCCCGGAAUCAGCUUGAGAGGGCGCUGGAGAAUGGUCGCAUCAGCAUUGAAGAGCGCUACACCCAGGACCUGGUCUUUGCCACCACCAUGCUGACCGACUGGCAAAUGCUCUCCAAUCUCCGCAUCUGGGAGGCCGAUUACCCCGCAAGAACCGUCUUCUUUUACGGAGUCUCGGGGGAAACCCUUAGAGUGGCCAAUCUGAUCUCAGAUGCUGCCAAUCCUCCUGCGUGCAUGGAAUUUGGAGGGACCUUCUUCAACGUCAAGAACUUUGCCAAGCUGCUGCACCACCAGCCGAAGGUCACGUCCACACUCCUCAGGUUCCAGGGCCACUGGCGACUUCCUCCCGUCCACGACGUCCAGGAGUACGCCAAUGACCUGAAUGAUUGGCAUCUCUCCAACUACAACGUGAUGAUGGGAGCGUACAAUGAGCAGAAGCAGCUGGCUGACUACAAUUGGCUGCGCCUGAGUGGCAGUUUGUGUUAUUUCAUGACAAGUCGCACCAUGCCGGAGAUAUCCCCG